UUUCUUUCUCUUUUCCUUCCCAAUUCCCGUGAGGAGAAGGAAGAGGAGGACGCCACUGUUGCUGUUGUGGCCAAUUCAUUUGCCUGAAAGUCGUGUUUUGCAUAACAAGAGAAAGGUGUGCGUCGUGCAUGCCCGGGGACAAGCAUUGAAGCAGCGGGGGAGGAGGCUUCUCCGGCAAGUAGCAUGCAUGGCUGGAAGCUCCGUUAAGAUGCAACCUGCGUGUGACAGGGCCGACUCGCUGCUCCAUGACCGUAACGCCACAGACGCCAGAGGCCAGGAGCAGCAAGUGCAGUUGCGGCAGAGGCUGAGGGAACUACCGACGCUCCUCCGGAGUGGACUCACGCUGCGGAGAAAGCGCUCAGACGGCGGAGGCCGGAAUGUAUCUAGGAGAAUUUCAAAUCCUUAUGUGGAAAAUCCUCCUAAUAAGAGUUAUGAAGAGGAUGCCUUGUGUGCUGGAAGAGCCCUCAGAAACGUUUUUGUGUUACAAGCUGCAGCUCUGAUUAAAGAUAGAAUGUCUCUGAUGGGGCUUUGCAGGCAAAGUUGCAUUGGAUCUGAACUGGUAGAUUGGCUUUUGAGGUGCUGUACUUUCAUUAACAGCAGAUCUACAGCAGUUGGUAUCUGGCAGCUACUACUGAAUAUGGGAAUUGUGUUUUCAGUGGAUAAGCAGAUAUAUUUUCUAGACAGAUACGUUUUCUACCAGUUCUCAUCUGAUGAAUGCACAUACUUAUUCUGUGAAUAUGAAGGAGAAAAAGGAUGGAUAAAUGGUGUGAAAUUUCUAUUGAAGAUGGUGCCUGUUACUUCUCCAAGGAUUAAUAUGUGUACCCUGGAUAACAGAAGAAUAGAAGAAACAACUGAAACCAAUGCAGAAAUUCUUGCUCGUCUCACAGCAGCAGUGCAGAGAGAACUGGCAGCUGUUCUUGCUGUGAAAGCAAGAAAAUCAGCAAUGAAUCAAAGUUAUGACAUCUGCAGUGGAGAGGCAACAGUGCAAAAAACCCCAAAGGAUAUCUGUGAUGCACAGGCAGGAGUUAUGUGCAAGAUUCAGGAACGAGAAGAUAUUGGGCACAUCGAACUUGUCCAGAAAUUUGCAAAAGAAAAUUGUCAUGUUCCACAGGCAAACAAAAGAGAACCAGUGAAUACAGACCAGCUGGAUGAUGAAGUGACCACUGCUCAAGCGAAGGAACUCGACCAAGAUGUGCUGGUGCUUAGGAGAGUGUUGUCACAGAGCCCAACCCCCACAUCUCGGAGUGCAGAGAAUGAUUGGAGUAUGGGAAGUUCAAGGCUGAGGAUCUUUGACCCUCACAUAGAGAAGAAGGAUUCUGCUUUGUUUCCAGGCAGAGAAUUGCCUUUGCACACAUUUGAUGUACCUUAUUUUAAAUACAUUGAUGAAGAAGAUGAGGAAGAUGAAUGGAGCAGCCGUUCUCAGUCUUCAACAGAGGAUGACACUGUGGACUCUCUCCUUUCUGACAGAUAUGUCGUGGUGUCAGGGACACCAGAAAAGAUUUUGGAGCAUCUCCUGAAUGACUUGCACCUGGAAGAAGUACAGGACAAAGACACAGAAACUCUUCUGGAUGACUUCCUCCUUACAUACACAGUGUUCAUGACAACAGAUGACUUAUGUCAAGCUCUGCUGAGACAUUAUUGUGCUAAGAACCAUCAGGACAAGGAUGAAAUCAUUGAUGUUCCCUGCAGAAAACGAAAAGUCUUGCAUUUAGUGUCCCAGUGGACUUCACUCUACAAAGACUGGUUGCAUGAAGAUGAGCAUUUGAAGCAGUUUCUUAUGACAAUAUAUAGAAAUGUGUUAGAUGAUGUGUAUGAAUAUCCCAUAUUGGAGAAAGACCUGAAAGGAUUUCAGAAAUUACUUGGAAUGCAUCGUCGUCACACUGUAGAUGAAUAUUCACCUCACAGAAAGCAUAAAGCCAUUUUACAUCAAUACAGCCUCAAGCAGAACUGCCUUCAGACUAGAGAAUCUGUGAAUGAAACAGAAGAAGUUUUUUGCCGUGUAUAUAUAACACAACAUUCUUACAUCAGUGUAAAAACUAAAUUAUCCACUUCAGUUCAAGAGAUUUUGAAAAUUGUAGCAGAGAAGCUCCAACAUUCUCAGGAAGAUCUGGCUUUAGUAGCUCUUUCAUUCUCUGAUGAAAAACACGAAUUGCGACCAUAUGAUCUAGCAAUCUCCAAAUCUCUUGAGUUAUCUGCUCGUUUGUUUGUAUUUCGAAAGGAUCUGACAGAUACUUUGAUCCCUUUUGCUGAAAAUGAGGAAAUCCACCAACGAUCAGUGAAAAUUCUGGGGAUUAACACCUGGGACCUUGCUUUAGAAUUAACAAUUUUUGACUGGAAUCUUUUCAAUUUGGUUCAUGAACAAGAACUGAUAUAUUUCACCUUCAGCCGACAAGGCAGUGGGAAAAAUACUGUGAAUCUUAGUCUUCUGCUUCAAAGAUGUAAUGAAGUUCAACUCUGGGUUGCCACAGAAAUACUACUCUGCAACCAGCUCUGUAAACGUGUACAACUAGUGAAAAAAUUCAUUAAAAUUGCUGCUCACUGCAAAGCCCAGCGAAAUCUGAAUUCAUUUUUUGCCAUUGUCAUGGGGCUCAACACUGCCUCUAUCAGCCGACUUUCUCAGACAUGGGAGAGAAUGCCUGGAAAGUUUAAGAAACUCUUUGCCGAACUUGAAAGUUUGACAGAUCCCUCUCUGAACCACAAAGCCUAUAGGGAUGCAUUCAAGAAAAUGAAGUCCCCAAAGAUCCCUUUCAUGCCUUUACUCCUUAAAGAUGUAACAUUUAUACAUGAAGGAAACAAAACAUUUCUGGAUAAUCUUGUAAAUUUUGAAAAGCUGCACAUGAUUGCAGACACAGUCCGAUCAUUGAGGCAUUGUAGGCGUAACCAAUUUGGAAAUGAUAUACCCUCCAAAGAGCAUGAGGAGCUGAAGCCCUACGUCCAUUAUUUGCAUAUCAUUGACAACCAGCAGAUGUUGUUUGAGCUUUCUCACAGGAUAGAACCUCGUAUAUGAAUUCAUACUUACAUAAUUCCAGCACUUUCAGUUCAGUGAAUAUUUAUGUGCCAAGCUUGUUUUCCUAAGAAAUUGAUGAUUACUGAGUUUUAUCAGUAAUUGGUGCCACACUACACAUUGGCCUUUCAUGGAAAGCAAGAGGAAAUGAUCUUCACAACAAACUUCCAAGAUGAAAAAUGCCAAAUCUACUUAGCUACAGAGUGAAGAAAUGAUUCACCAUAUUGAAAACCUUAUUUUCUUUGAACAUUUUUGUUCAAAACAGCUUUCAGUCCCAACUCAGUGUAAAUUGAAAUAAAAUGUUCUAUCCUUAUAAGGGUCUAGCAGCACUGUUUUGAGGAAGAUGUUGAUAAUUUGGCACAUGGGGAUAUACCUCACUAAUCAUAAGCUGCCCUAAGUAUUUAUUCUGGUGCCAAAAAGAAAGUAUAGGGCAGUAUUGAUGAAUCAUCCCCAAGAUACGUGCUGGCAUCCACUUUAUGAUUAAAGCAUAAAGAAAGACAAAUUGUUAGAAUAUAGAUACCUAACAGAAUUUAAAAUGUAAGCACAGUUAAUACUUUAACAUCUUGUACAGUAUUUCAAAAUGUGCUGUCUAAUAAAGCAAAAUGUCACAAGCAUCAAUUAUGGUAAUCUAUUAUGUGCUUUCAUGCUGGAUUAGAAUUUAGAGCACUCUGCCUUUAAUAUUUCUUGUGGGUAAUGCUUUUUAAACUUUAGAACCACCUAAGUGUUUGGUCCUUUCCUUAGUAUUUCUAUUAGAGGCAAGCAGUGUCACAAAAGGGUUGUGCCUAUAGCUUUAUUACAAACAAAUAUAGUUUAUUUUAUUCUAUGUUCACUUCACUGUGCUAUUACUAAUUACUGUUAUCUUCACAUUGGUGCACGUUGAUUGCAGAACAGUACUGAAUUGAUAAGAAAGAACCUGUCAUACUGUGGGGUUGUUGCUUGCAACUUGGAAAACUACAGUGGACUCCCCAGAAUUACUUUUAAAAAAAGAAGAAAGUAAAAGUGCUAUGGCACACUUACUGACAUUAUUAACAUUUAAAGUAAUAAUUUAUAGCUAUUAAAUCUGAUCUUAUCAGUCAUAAACAUAAUUUACAAACAAAAAUGAAAAAAGUUCAUACAAUGUAUUAAGCCAAAUUCAUGAAUCUGACCAUAGACGAAUUAUACUUUGAGAAACAGACAUAUUGUUGUUUUUUCCUUACAAGGUUAAAAGCUGGGGUUGAAUUCCAAUAUACAGGAUGAGGAGAACUCUGUCAGAGAACUUGCAUUGGAAAUGAAUGGAUGAUUUUCGAAGUGUGUCUGAGAAAAAAAAAUCUUAGCUUUUUUUCAUUAAGAUGCAAUUACAAAAGAGAAAAGGUGAAGACUUGUGGGUUUCAUACUGACAGCAGAUUUUCAUUCACGUUGCUGUAAGGACAAGUUAUGCUAUCAAAGUCACAGCCUAACGCAGCACAGAAAACAACUGAUAUGAGUAACACUUUCUAGCAACUUGUAUGACAUUUUAAUUAGCAUACUAUUUUAAUUGGCAUAUUCAUUCUGGAUUCAUAGUAAUCUAUGAUUAAAAAAAGUUUUCUGAAGAGAAAGAUUUAAAACCUAUGUAACAAAUUUGUGAGAGAAUCACAGAUUUGUUGCAAUGUAUUUGAAUGUAAUUUGAACAUGUGACUUAAAAGUGGUAGCUUUGGUGUAAUAUUUCUUGUGCCUCGGUUUUCAUGUUGAGAUAUCAAAAUUAGGCUUACAUUCUUGAAAUCAUGUUUGCAAUUUGUUCCUAUCUUCAGGAUGUCUUCUUUUAAGACUAUUAAGUAUUCUCAAAAAAUUGCCUAAAGAAUGCAGUAAAUAGAAUGUAUUCCAGUGUGCAUAAAGGAAUGCUAUAUGGAGCUUUAAACAAAAUAGACAUCCACAGGAUGAUACUGAUUGACAAUAGAGGCUAUGUUAAAAAUUAGACCUCCCUUUUGAAAACACCUGAAUUUUUUUCUUUGUUGUACUGCUUGCAACAUUUAUUCAAGAACUUUUUCUACAAAAGAUUCUUCAUAGAAAAUUGACAGACAAAAUCAGUUUUAAGUGAUAAGGAAUGCUUUUUGUUUGUUUGCAAUGAAGUAAGAGUUUUUCCAUUAGAUUUGACCUUUCUCAAAAAAUUGAAAACCCUGUACAGGUAUAGUAUAUAAACAAUGUACAUUUCUGAACUUAAUAUACUAGUUAUUCAAUGUCUUCUAGGAAUUAUUUGAUAGAAAUCAUCACAAUAUCUCCUUAGAUAGUUGAACAAAUUAGAAACAGCAUAGAUAAUUUAUUUAGGAAUUUUCACUAUGUUUUUCUUAUAGCAACUUAGCUGAAGAAGCAGUAUGUUUGUUAGCUGAAGAGCAACUGUUUGGUUUGGCAGUAGGAAUUGUAGUAAAAAUAUGUUAUAAGCUUUAUUUUUAUUCACACACAAAAAUAGCGUUUGCAGUGGGAGAAGUCCCAUCUGUUGUAAAUAAGCUUUCUAUGCGCACAAAUAAACCACACCUUUAGAAAUGGAAUUGAACAUUUUGAAAAAAGGCAUUGCAAUUUGGCUUGCUUCAUAACGCCACUGAAGGUUAUAUUUGGAGGGAAGAAUUAGCUUUUGUUCAAUCCAUGUAUUACGAUGAGCCUCUGUUAAGUGGUUGAGUUUAAACUAUUCUUAUCAAAUAAGAAUUCUACAUUUGUAGUUCUAGAAUAAAUUAACUGGAAAAGGUGAGAUUUGCAGGGAAGGAUUAGUAGAUUAAAAAACUAAUAAUGUGUAACACGAAGUGGCUGGUUCUUAUUUCUAGAUAUUGUCUUGCCUUUAUAUAUCCAUUAACAGCUUCAUAUAAUUGCAGUCUUAAGACUACAAAAGAUUAAUAGAAAUUCAAAUCUGGCUUUUCUAUUUUGCUACCAUUCUGAAACCUGUUACUGCUUUUAAUGAGCAAGCUUAAUGUUUAGUGAAGUAAAGCAAAAACUGGAUAAUUUUCAAACCUCGUGAGCUGGACUAUCUGGUGCCAGAUGUUGUAAGCAGCAUUACUUGAGUUCUUCAUUUCAGUGGUCUCUUGUCAUUAUUAUCUAAAGGGACUAUUCGGAAUUAUGAGCCAAAUAUUUCCUAAAAAUAAGCUAUGGUUAUAACUUGGGUCUCAUUUUACCUAUGCAAGAGUAUAUAGCAGUCAACUGGACUUUAGAUAAUUUAAGAUAUAUUAAAACAAGGGAAAACAAAUACAUUGAUUUAGGGCAAUAAUGUAUUACCUGCUAAGCAGUUUUGUAUUUGUUACUUUAGAGCUAAAUAACUAGAUAAUUGCAUUUCUGUGGAAGUGCAUUCUGACUGUAGAUUGUAAAAAUGAACAAUUUUCUCUCCAAGGUUAUGUUCAGGGGAAAAAAAGAACACAAUUUGCCACAAUUUGGGGAGUGGAGUAGAAGCCAGAUUUGUAGUGUAUAAUCUCCAUUUUAUCCUACUUCUGAUACAUUCAUUUAACUAUCUCUUGAAAGGAGGCCAACUUUAAGACAACGACUGAGUCAGCCUUGAGAUCAUUAAGAUAUACUUUUGUCUAACAAAGAAACAGUCCCUGCAUUGAGUCUUUUGUGUACACUCCAAGUCUUGCUGGCUUCAGAAGAUUAUUGGAAUCAAAAUUAUACAAUUGUUUUUUAUGCUUUACAGUAAUCCCCACUGAACAUGAUGGGACUUGUUCCUCAUUAAACGUGCAUAGGAUUGCAAUAUAAUUUGGAAUGACCCUUGGUCCUCAAACUGCUGUAAGAGCUAUAAGCCCCCAUAAGAGGAGUACAAAUAACAAUUAAAAAGGGGGGGUGAUCAACCCUAGAAAUAUCUAUACAAACAAAAAAGCACUGUUGCAGAAUAGUGUAAGACCUUUUGGAGUGUAUUGGGCACUAUAAAUGAACAUUUGCAUGGCUGUAAAAAA